CUUAUAGAAGUACACGAUUUUGUGCAAACAUUUUUUUCUGGAAAGCGGGCAUAAACCAAUCUUAUUUUCAUCUCCAAUAACUACUUGCGGGACAAGCUUCCACGGCAUUAUAUAGCUCUAAACACAAUACAACUCAGAAAUGUCUCACACAAUAUUGCUGGUUCAACCGGGGCCCAGGCCUGAGACCAGGACGUACUCAGACUACGAGAGCGUAAAUGACUGCAUGGAGGGUGUGUGCAAGAUUUAUGAAGAGCACCUAAAACGACGAAACCCUAAUACGCCGACUAUCACUUACGACAUUUCGCAACUAUUCGACUUUGUUGAUCAGCUUGCCGAUCUCAGCUGUCUAGUGUACCAAAAAUCCACCAACACAUACGCACCGUACAACAAGGAUUGGAUCAAGGAGAAGAUAUACGUGUUGCUGCGCCAAGCUGCCGGGCAGAGCGACUGAAGCGUUUAAACUGUGAUUAUUGUACUACUUUGUCUU